AUGCUCCACCCCCGCCUAUCACGGCCGCAGGAGUCGUCCGCGACCCCAGUGCCGGGUCAGCGCCGGAACCGAACCGGGCGACGGCCCGGCCGGCACAGGGACGAAGGCCCGCGCCAGCACCAGGAGCCACGCCGCCCGCCCGAAAUCCGGCAAGCAGGGCCAGGUGCGCGCGCCCCGGAGCCGGGCCAGGCAGGACCGAAGCCGCGGUCGAAGGCCGGCAGCACAGGCGCCCCACGGACGCCCGCCCACGGAGCACCGGAAAGCCUAGCACGGCGCAAGGCACAGCCCGAACACGGACCGGACAGCCCCGCGCCCGGAGCAGGAGGCCCGCCCGCGGCGCAAGGACACGCACAGACACCGGCGAGACGGCCCGACCGGACACGGUGGGAACAGGGUGUGCGCGUCGCGGGACGGGCCGGGACGGGCACCGGGCCGGGAAGGCGCCGGCAGCCAAGCCCGUUAGGGGGCCAGCCGCCCUGCACACCUGCCCGCCCGCGCACCGGAGACCGGCAGGCCACGGACCGGAGCACGGACCGACCGUCCGGCGCGGCCCGCCUCGCCAGGCGGAGGAGGCACCGACCACGGCGACCGGACCGCCACGCAAUGGACGAAGGCUCCGGCCUCAUGCAAGCGAGCCGGGCCAGACCAAGCCGGCCGGCAAGCAACCGCCCGGCGACCGGCCAAAGGACACAGAAAGGCAGACGGCACCGGCCCGCCCAGCCAGGCCCGGACCCGACCGGGCCGGACCGGCACGAAAGGCGCCGGCCCGAACAGCCCGGCGCCGGCACGCCUCGCAGGAGCGGCCCGCCCCGCCCGGCCGGCCCGCCCCGCCCGGAGCCCGGGCCGCCAAGUCCCCGCCCGUCGCCGGCCGCCCCUCCCAGGAGCCGGCCGGCUGGGACCUAG